AUCGAAUGGCUAGCUUCUUCCAUAAGAAAGCACCUAAAGAAGAGUAAUUAAUACAAUCAUCAAUUCUACGCGACUCAUUGGAAGCAGCAGAAAAUACUCAUAUAAAUAAUAAAAGUCGAACCAUUUCUUCACAGAAUCUGAUGGAUGAAGCAGCAGCAGCAUCGAGCUUGUCCGGCGAGAUAACAGGGAACAAUGGGGGGACUGAGAGGGAGAAAUGCAUCACGCAUUACUCGAGUUCUCAGAGAAUACUUCUUGUGGGCGAAGGAGACUUCUCCUUUUCGGCGUGCCUCGCGAGGGCUUUCGGUUCUGCAGGGAACAUGGUCGCCACCUCCCUUGAUGAUCAAGAUAAAUUGUUGUGGAAGUACUUGACUGCUAGAAAUAACCUGGAUGAGCUGAAAGGACUAGGGUGCACAAUAUUGCAUGGAAUAAAUGUGGAAGACAUGCAUGAAGAUGACUUCUUGAUAGCUAAGAGAUUCGAUCGAAUCAUCUUCAAUUUUCCUCAUGCGGGGCAUUAUAUUCGGCUCCAAGAACAUAAUGAAGCGCUCAUUCUGAUGCACAAAGCAUUACUUUGUGGUUUCUUCAGCAGUGCGAGAUGCUUACUAAGCGAAAAUGGUGAGAUACAUGUCAGUCAUAGGGAUGAUGAACCUUAUAACAAGUGGGAGAUUAGAGGUUUAGCAAUGGAGAGAGGACUGGUUCUGAAGGAGACGGUGGAGUUUCAGAUAAACGACUAUCCAGGCUAUCUUAAUAAAAGGGGAGGUGAAAUAAGAAGUGACGAGACCUUUCCACUUGGUUUUAGUUGCUUCACUUUCAAGUUUUCAUUGAAAUAAAAUUUGGAGAAUAUUGAAAGUUUCAGGAAGGUUUGGGCAGAUGAAUCAUCAAAGCAUUUCUCAGAUUUGAUGACUUAGUUGCUAUAGUACUUCUUGGUUAGGCUUUCUUUAAUUUAUGUAUGUCAAAGUUAAAUUAAAGCAUGGAAAGUAAAGUUUAUUGUCUCUAUGUCAGAGUUAAAUUAAA